UGCCAGUUUUUGUUGAACCAUUGUCGGGUGAACGUUUUAUUAGACAGUCGACAAAUAGUACAUUUUUUAUCAGACUUUUGUUUAAAUAAAUGUUCAGCACUAUGCAAGCAGCAAGCUGGAAGCACUGUUCCGCCGAUGCGCCAAUUCCACCAGGAAGCAUUCUUGCAGGACACGACAUUGACAAAUCGCCUAUUUUCAUAGGCCGUGCCUACCACAAAGGUGACCAUCUGCCGGGCAAAGUGAUUCCAAGUAAGGGAUCUGCUUACGUUUGUUACGGAGGUAAGGAAAUUCGAAAGAGUGGCUUUGAAGUGCUGUGCAACGGUAAUGUUGAUUGGGUACCAGCCAAAUUUGGAAUCGUUCCUCGGAAUGCAGUUCUCGGUGGUCAAACUUCAACGGGAGAAAAACUCUACAUUGGACGAGCCCACUGGAUGGGCAGUUUAACCCCAGGAAAGGUGCAUCCGAGCCACCAAACGUUGUAUAUUCCAUUUGACGGAAAAGAGAUAUCAAUUCAAAACUAUGAAGUAUUGGUUGAAAACUAAAAGUAUUAUGUUAUAAUUGAAUCAUUUGUUUAACAAACUGAAUAUAUCCAUUUUACACAAUUUCAAGAAAACAACAAAAAACUAUUUUUGUAGGUACAAUUUGGUACCGAAUCUUUCGAUUUCUUUGGCCAAAUUCAACAGCCUGGGGCACUUCCAGUGCGAAAACUGUAAGCAGGACUCCAUAAUUGCUUUGUGCGUGCACAUAUGUAGUUUCUCAAACCAAAAGAAUUUUUUUCAUACAUUCCAUAACAUUAUUUUUUUUUCGUAUUUUAUGGCACUAUACGUGUUUUUGGACGAUGAUUCAGAAUAUAUUUUUAUAUCUCAUUUUGGACAAAAAUGUAACAUAUGCAGUUUCUCAAACAAACGGUUCAACUAUAAACCCGAUAAAUUUAUACAAUGUCAAUCGAUUUGAACGAAUAAACAUUAAAAAUCACAA